CAUUUUCAAUCCGUGGGUGCCACUGCGCAGCUCGUCCAUUCACCGUCUAUAAACCUGGGCCUCCACGUGAGCGCUUUUUUUUUUUUUUUGCAACCUGGACCUGGCUCGCAGGCGACUAGUGUAGUUCCGAGUAGGAUUGCUAUACGGAUAUCCUAUUGUUCAUAUAUCAACUCAAUUAACAUUACUCGAGACCUUUUUUUCCGGGAGUCUGGCUGGACAUGCACCAGGUUGAAUGAACCUGCAGUUGGAAGCACCCACCUGAUUGUUUUCUACCUAUUUAUCGGGGCAAUUCUUUAUUCCAAAUCUCUCGAAUUGGGGCCGAGCCAGAAUGGCAGCACGUCCGCUUUUGCCGGUCGCUGUUCGUGCGUCCAGACAGUGUCCCCGGUUGCUGGUGCUCAGCAGAAUCCCGUCUCAUUCAUUCGGGUCAACCCUUUGUAUAUCCAAAGGAUUUGAAAGCCUGCGAAUUCAGAAGUUCCGCGGGUCAUCCCUCUUCACAUUAGCUGCAAAUCAACCCCGGAAGAGACCCGGCAUACCUGCCUGGGAUCGUCAGAAAUGUGUGGCACAGUUCGGACUGCAGAAGAGAGGCUCCGCUAAAAAGCCGACUGAUGCACCUGAAGCUCCAGAAUCCCCCGAGUCCAAGAAAUCGCCAGUUCUCUCGCGGCUUCCACUCCGCACUCACGAAAACAUCUACACCAUCCCCAAUAUUCUGACAUUUUCUCGUCUGGUUGCUGCCCCGCUAGUAGGAUACUUCCUGGUUUACGACCACCACGCUGCGGCUUUGGCUCUCUUCGCCUAUGCCGGAGUCACCGACCUUGCCGACGGCUAUAUCGCCCGACGAUUUAACCUGCAGACAGUCGUCGGGACAAUCAUUGACCCGAUGGCAGAUAAACUGCUAAUGACAAUCAGCGUUGCAUGCCUAGCAGUCAACGGAUCGAUACCAGUUUGGCUCGCGGUCAUCAUUCUGGGCCGGGAUAUCGGACUUGCCCUAUCUGCGAUCUACUAUCGAUGGAUAUCCCUCCCGCCACCAAAAACCAUGGCCCGGUACUGGGACUUUUCUCUCCCUUCUGCAGAGGUAAAGCCAACCAAUAUCUCGAAAGCCAACACAGCCCUUCAGCUGCUGCUUGUGGGAAGCGCGAUCGCACUGCCCGUCGUUCCGGAGACUUUACUCGAGGCAUGGCACCUCAAAGAAGCCAUGAUUGGAUUUCAAUACCUCGUUGCCGCAACCACUAUCUGGUCUGGCCUGAGCUACGUUUUUUCCAAAGACGCCGUUAAAAUCCUGACCAAAGAAGAAGUGCAGAAGCGGAUCGUGCAGGCAGCCGGGAAACAGCGGUCUUGAAUUGAAAUACUACGAAGUAGCUGUACAGUAUGUUUGAGUAUAUGCAUUAUAUAUCAUAGAAUUGAGCAUAGGUAGGUAGGUAGGUAGGUAGGUAGCUAGCUAGCUAGUCAGUUGUUUUUGCUUUGCCUCUGAUAGUAUCUUGGGUCGGUAGCAUUGUGGAUAGAUAUUUGCAUUUAGCAUUGAGCUGUUGAUUGACGAUCAACUAAUCCAAUCCAAUAAAUUGAAUGAACUCAAAGUAAGCC